AUGAAGAGAAGCCUUACGGUGGCAUAUCGUCGCCCCUUACUACAGACUUUCACUAGAAGCUGGUUCCUCCAAAGAAAUUCUUUUGCAAGUGUAGCAGCAGAUACAAGACCAUACGAUGUCGUCGUUAUUGGAGGAGGUCAUGCGGGCUCAGAGGCUUGUGCGGGAGCAGCGCGAUCCGGGGCUAGGACUGCAUUGAUUACCCCGAAACUCGAGAACAUUGGUGUUUGCUCUUGCAAUCCUAGUUUUGGUGGGAUAGGGAAGGGUACCAUGUUGAGGGAGGUGGAUGCGCUGGAUGGAGUUGCGGGAAGAAUUAUUGAUAAAGCCGGAGUUCAGUUCAAGGUAUUGAACCGGAAGAAAGGUCCUGCGGUUUGGGGUCCAAGAGCGCAAAUCGAUAGGGAUUUAUACAAAAAGCAUAUGCGAGAGGAGCUAGAAGCAUACCCGAAUCUUUCGAUUGUAACCGGGAGUGUGGCGGAUAUAAUUGUUUCGAAGGAGGAGGGCGAGGCGCAAAGUGGCAAGAUUACUGGCGUGCGACUGGAAUCGGGCGAAAUAAUACCUACCAAACAAGUGGUUAUCACGACUGGCACAUUCUUGGGCGGGGAGAUUCAUAUCGGCUUGGAGUGUUAUCCUGCAGGGCGCAUGGGGGAAGCGGCAACAUUUGGUUUGAGCAAAUCGCUGAAAGACGCUGGUUUUACUCUGGGAAGACUGAAGACGGGAACACCUCCCCGCCUUGCAAAGGGUUCUAUCGACUUUAAAAAUCUCACCGUGCAGCCAGGGGAUCAGCCACCGACACCUUUCAGUUAUCUCAACGAGACUGUGUCUGUCCAGGACCAGUUACUCUGCCAUGCUACGUAUACGAAUGAGGCUUCACAUGCUGUGGUACGGGCAAAUCUGGACAAGUCCAUUCAUAUCAGAGAGACUGUGAAAGGGCCCAGGUAUUGCCCAUCGCUCGAAUCCAAGGUUAUACGAUUUUCCGACAAAGAUAGACACAUUGUAUGGCUAGAGCCUGAAGGUUUUGACAGCGAUGUCAUCUAUCCUAAUGGUAUCUCCAUGACAAUACCCGCGGAGGCCCAAGAACAACUUUUAAGAACCAUUCCAGGACUAGAGAAUGUCACAAUGACCGCCCCUGGUUAUGGUGUAGAGUACGAUUAUGUCGAUCCUCGAAGUCUAAAAGCAACACUUGAAACAAAGGCAAUCCAGGGUCUUUACUUAGCUGGUCAAAUCAAUGGUACUACAGGUUAUGAGGAAGCAGCCGCGCAAGGUAUCAUAGCCGGUAUCAACGCCGGUCUCGCAUCACAUUCGUUGCCACAAUUGACUCUGUCCCGCAGUGAUGGGUAUAUCGGAAUCAUGAUCGACGAUCUCAUCACCAAAGGUGUCUCUGAACCUUACCGCAUGUUCACAUCUCGCAGCGAAUACCGUAUGAGUGCCCGAGCCGACAACGCCGAUUUACGACUUACGGAAAAGGGACGACUAGCAGGAGUAGUAGGCGAAAAACGCUGGUCCGCCUUCAAUGACGAGGUCGCUCAGAUGGACGGCCUCAAAUCAGCGCUCGAAAAUAGUAAAUUCAGCGCUCCGGUAUGGAUCAACGAUGGCUUCAAAGUUUCAAAUGAUAGCACUAUGCGAAACGCCUUGGAUAUUCUGCGCAUUCGAGACGUCACAAUGAACGAUCUUUCGACUCGUGUCCCGGAGAUCCUAACAUACACCCAACGAAUCCGAGAUAGAGUUGGUAUCGAAGCCGUCUAUGCGCCAUAUGUUAUACAACAAAAAGCUGCGCAGAGAAUCUUCCAAAAAGAUGAGAUGCUUAAACUACCUGUAGAUUUAGAUUAUGAUUCUAUACAUGGGAUAUCUAUGCAUGAGAAAUCAGUGUUAAAGAUCACCAGGCCCGAGAGUGUGGGACAGGCGAGGAGGAUUGAGGGAAUGACGCCGAGUGGAUGUUUGAGAUUGUUGGCUUUUGUGAGGGGGAGAUCGAGGGCGGUUCAGAAGGCCAACAUAUUUGAUGAAGUAGCUAGGAAGAGAGGAGAAAGGAACGUGGCCAGUUAA